AUGGGUGACCAGAACUUCAGUCUUCAGAAUCAGACGACGCUCUUAUUCAACGAAAGCGAACCUACCAACUUUACCAAUUAUACCAACUCGGACAACGAAAUGCUCGCUGAGAUGUAUAUACACGGAAUCGUUUGGCCAACCAUUUCAUCCAUUGGUAUUGUGGGUAACAUUUUGUCGUUUGUGGUAAUAGCGAAACUUGCGAACUCUUCGUUCUAUCUCUGUCUCGCGUGUCUAGCCCUAUCCGACAUGGCUGCAUUGGUUGUCGGAGUGACCGUAUUUAUUGUGGAAAUGACGGGAUCGGUGUUCGAAAGCCCUGUCCAAAUUUACUGCUCUGCCAUCGAGGCAUGCUUGAGAACAUUUUCCCAAUUAUCAUCGUGGAUCACAGUAGCCGUCACUGUCGAUCGGUAUAUAGCUGUCUGUCAUCCAUUAAAAAAAAAUCAGUAUUGUACCAGAAAGAAUGCGCUGAUUAUCAUCGGAAUAGAACUCCUGGUUAUUGUUGCUGUCAAUAUUCCGAUCAUAUGUCUUGAAUGGGAUGACGAGUAUUCAUCCUGUGUUGUACCUGGAUUCACUCAAAACUAUUGCUUUGAAUAUGGUUACUUUAUUGAUCUGUCUGUUUACGUUCUUAUACCCUUGGGUUUAAUUUGUGUCUUCAAUGUGUUUAUAAUCAAAGGAAUCUACACUUCAGCAAUUACAAGACGCAAAAUGUUUUCCAUCAAUGAAAACAUGGCUAACACUGACGCCACGAAGGAUUCAAAGAUGAAAACAAUUACGAUUUUGUUCACCAUCUCUACGUUCUUUAUUCUGUCUUUUCUGCCUUUUAUAGGUUUAUCCUUCUACGCCAUAGUUUUAAACAAGCAUUGGGAUGAAAUUAGGGAACAAUUCCCAAUCCCUUUUGCUAUUACAUAUAUAGGCUCGGUAUUGAAUCACUCUAUCAAUUUUCUUCUGUAUGGUUUAUCGGGACAGCGUUUCCGGGAAAAAUUUGUAGAAAUAUUUUGUUUUCGUCGUUUUGUAUAG